UGUAGUUCUUUCGUCAAGUCAGUAGGAUCUUCUCCCACUUCUGUGAUUCUUCUUUAUAGAGGAGCACUAUGAUCAUCACCAACUCCAGCCUUAUCAACCUGACAGAUGAAGAUCCUGAAUAUUCUGGCAAUCUUUAUUCUUUUGACUAUUACAAUUAUUUCUAUGAUGAUUGUCAGGAUUGUUCUAAUUCAGAGCUGAGGAGAUCUACAAUAGUGAUUUCUCUGGUCUUCUUCUACCUGACCUUGAUCCUCGGUGUUCCUGGAAAUGCCUUUGUCGUGUAUGUUGCUGGAUUGAAGAUGAAGAGGACUGUUAAUACAGUAGGGUUUCUCAAUCUAGCGAUUGCUGACUUAUUCUGCUGCCUUUCCACUCUUUACUAUGUGGCAGAAAACUCUCUUGAAGAAAACUGGCCUUAUGAAUCUGUCUUCGUGUGCAAGAUUCUCCCCUUCGUUAUGCUCAUCACCAUGUUUGCCAGCGUUUUCACCUUCACCUUGAUUAGUCUGGAUCGGUUUACUCUGGUGAUCACACCGGUUUGGGCUCAGAAUCAUCGCAGCUUGUUCAUCGCACGACUGUCCUGUGCAGCGGCCUGGAUUCUGGCUUUAAUUCUCAGUAUCCCUUUUAUGAUGUUAAGAAAGACUAAUACAGACGAUGGCAAAAAGCGCUGCCUGUUUUAUAAAUUUGAUGAAGAGCCAAUGCCAACGUUAAGCGUCAUCAGAUUUGUGUUUGGCUUUUUGGUUCCUCUCAUAUGCAUCACAACAUGCUACGGAUUCAUCGCACGCAAGUUAGGCAGGAGACAUUUUCACUCUGGACGAGCGUUUCGCAUCAUGCUGGCUGUAAUUGUGACAUUUUUUCUGUGCUGGCUGCCGUAUCACAUAGUGCACUUGGUAAUAAUGUACGGAGAGAAAUCAAGUUCCUUGGUAGCUUUGGCAGUGGAUCCGUUGACUGUCUCUUUGGCGUAUUUCAACAGCUGUCUGAACCCCAUUCUGUAUGUUUUCAUGGGGCAGGAUUUUAAGAGCACUGUUAAACUUUCUCUAAGACAUGUUUUUGAAAGAGUUUUCUCUGAGGAGGGAACACAAAUGGCACGGACCACUAGUAGCGGAGCUAAAGUUUUAUAGACGGGGUUCUCAAGGCUAAUUCAGGAGGUCCAUAGACCAUGACAGACAAUCAGUGUAUAACUCCAACCUGGCAUAAAAAAAGCAUUAAUAAAUCCUAUGAUUGCUGAUUACUUUACAUUACCCCACAUUAGCUAUACAUAUUGUAACAUCCAAUGUCAGUAUAUUGAAACUUAUUUCUCUCACUUCAUCUCAUUAACCAGUGGUUUGGAGCAAAAUAUCUUACAUUAACUUGUAACAUGAAUGCUACAGUGAAUUUUGUAAAUGUUGUUCAGAAAAACCUAAAACGUCAAUAAGUUCAAACAGGGCUGCCAACUUAAGAGUUAAGCCUAGACUGAAAGUUAUUCAGGAAUAAUGAACAAGCUUGCAAAUAAAUACACUACCAGUCAGAAGUUUUUGAACAGUGAAAGUCUUAGUGUUUUUAAAGAAAAUACA